UUUGACAUUAAUGACGUGAUGGGAGAUUGUGUGUUGUAUAAAUUUUGUUAAUUUAAUUUUAAAUAGUAAAUACAAUAAAGAGUAUCUUUAAUUGAUAAAACGAUAGAAUAUUGUUAUGAAGUAUUCAUUCAUCAUAUGUGAAACUUCACAAAUACGAGAACGUGAUUAACAGUCAAAUUGGUGAUUAGUCAGUGACUUCAAUGUUAUGAACGUUUGCGAGUAAUAAUGAUGAAAUACUCAACAUCGCCGACUCCGUCGACGUCUUAUCCGAGGAGCACGUCUCCGCUGCCGGCCCCAGCGAACUACCAGCCGACUACAGCGAGCGCCGCUGUGAAACGAUACAAAUACUUGAGGAGGUUGUUCAAGUUCAACCAAAUGGACUUCGAGUUUGCUGCUUGGCAAAUGGUGUACUUAUUUGUGGCGCCACAGAAGGUUUUCAGGAAUUUUAAUUAUAGGAAACAUACAAAAUCACAAUUUGCAAGAGAUGACCCUGCCUUUCUGGUUUUAUUGAGUAUAUGGUUAUUCUUGUCAUCCAUAUGCUUCGCCCUGGGCAUGAGUCUGUCUUGGGGUCAACUAGUGCUAUUUGUACUGUUUGUUGUGUUUGUGGACUUCAUCGGGACUGGCAUCCUGGUAUCCACAUUCUUCUGGUUCAUCAGCAACAAGUACCUGUCGGCAGCGGGCGCGGGCGGCGACGUGGAGUGGGGCUACGCGUUCGACGUGCACAUCAACGCCUUCUUCCCGCCGCUGUCGCUGCUGCACUUCUUCCAGAUACUGCUGUUCCUGGUGUUACACAAUCUCCUGAGCCACAGAGGUUUCCUGGCCUGCUUCGUGUCCAACACAUUCUGGCUCGCCUCCAUUGUUUACUAUCUCUACAUCACAUUCCUCGGAUACAGUAAUUUGCCAAUGAUCAAAAACGCAAGGGUAUUCCUCUUGCCUUUGCCAGCACUGUUUAUGUUCUACAUCGGCACGUUGCUUGCCAACUGGAACCUGAGCCACAUGCUCACGGAUUUCUACCGUUACAGAGUUCUAUAGCAUUGAGUGACAUAAACAACCUAUAGGUGUAUAGUUUGAAUAAGGAGAUAAAGAAUAUGUAAGCCAUUACCAGCUAAUUUUUAUAGGCGAGGCCUAUGAGAUGGCAUAUAGAGCUUGGGCCCAUCAUACUACUCCAAUGGGUGGGUUUGGGGUCGAUUUUGUGACAUCCUGUAUCAGCGGGGUUAUCAUGUACGUCAGUGUACCAUUCAAAUAAUCAGUCACUACAUCGUUUUUCAUCAUAUUUUUUAUUUUUGUAAUCAUUGGCGUAUCUAGGAUCAUUUCCCCCAACAUCAAGCCUAUUAUUAGUAUCUUAUUAGAAUUCCAUAUCGGUAGCCCAGAAUCCUGCAGGUCCAUUCUAGGGUGGGCACGCACAGAUAAUACGCUUCUGACACCUGUCAUUUUGAUAUUUGCUAAUUAAUUCAUGUUAUUAAAUAAUUUUAGCCCAAAAUUAAUACGUUUAUUGUAAGUUGGCAUAAUCAUACAAUUUUAAUGUUAUUACCCGUUAAUAAGGUUAAUAAAAUAUAUUUGAAUACCUCAUUGACAUUGACAGGUGUCAGAAACGCAAUCUCUGAGCGGCCGAAAUUUAACUUAUUGAAGAGUAAGUACUGUUUGAUGGCGAUGGUAGAUCGCACGCAAUUAUAACUUCUAAUUAAGAGUGAACACAUUUUAAUGUAAUAUAGUUAUUGUAAUUUCCAACUUUAUCAUAAACAAGUUCUGUAAAUUAUGUUAAAUAUAAUUAGAAAAUAAUAUUAUACUAAUAGAUUUUAAAAUAAAUGAUAGUCUUUAUUUUGAA